GAGAAUUGAUCUUUCCCACCGAGAAUUGAACUUGCGAUCCUUGAGACGUUAUGGGUAAGGUUGCUAUCUCUCAUUUGUCCAAGCAAUCAAAUUAAGUCAAGCUUCCAAAAACAUUAUGGGUAGUAGUUCUCUCUUCCCUUUGAGCAAUGAGCAAAACUCAACACUCUGGUCUAAUGAGAGCUUAAGACAAAUACCCCCUCCAAUAUUGCUUACUCUUUGAACUACCAUUCUCAUUGACUCAUCGGGGUAGGAGUUUGGCUCGUCUGCUAUAUCACCCAUAUCAUCUAAUUACACUUAGUCCAUCCUCUGACCAACACCCCAUCUAAUUACACUUAAUUAGUCCAUCCUCUGACGAACGGGGUGUCCAACGUUACAGUCCAUCCCUCUGUUGUCUAGAAUCACCACUACCUGCUUCUGUGACCAAUCGGAGUUGGAAAUACAUUCCUUAAUAUCGUAACCAGCACGGUUUAACAUUUUCGUAGCUUCUACUAACAUCAUGAUCAAAGACAAAUUCAUUACGAAUACGAGUCUUCCACAACCUUUAGAAGAUCUAAUACGAGUUUGUAUGUAUCAUCAGACUUACAAAAAUUACUCGCAUCUCCCAUUCAUUACUGAAUGGUUUCUCAUUCAUAGAUUAUAAUUGUUAAUUGACGGUAUUUCAUAAUAUUUAGUGGAUUUUGUAAUGUUUAAAAAAAUUGAGUGGACUUGCUAGCUGGUCGAGCCUACUUGAUCGGAACCGCUAUUUGUAUCAAACAGUUAUCCAUAUAGACCAAACUAAAACGAAUGUGAAAAUAGAUGCAUGAUAUUUAGCAAAAAAAAAAAAGAAGAUGCAAGAUCCAAAUCAACUUUAAUAUAUAAUCCUACAUAUACAAAUAUAAAAAGCCAUUCGCACAUCGUAUUUGCAAAGUUGCGUUUUCACUUUUCACAUAUAACGUGUGGAUAGACUCGCAUUAGAUUUUAUAGAUAAGCUUCAACACUUGUCAUCUCAUCAUUUUAUCAAAAAUAAACAACUGUCUCACCAAUAUAAUAGUUGUGACGUAGCAUGAGUAAGCACUAAUUACACCCACAAAAUGAGUAAGCACUAAUUAAUUGGUAUAAUUAAGUAAUUAUUUUUACUCAAUUAAUCCUUAACAAUUUGAAGCUAAAAUUAGCAUUUCUAGCUACAAAAUGAGUAAGCACUAAUAGUUGUGACUAUAUACAGCCUGUCAAAUCAUCACCACUAUUAACAUAAAUCUUUUUACCAUAUAGAAAACGUCAUUAUAUAUACAUCUGUAUAAACUGUAAAAACAUAAACAAAUAAACUAUUGUAGUCAUGACAAGGAAGAAGACAAAUCUUGCUUACAUUUCCAAUGUCUCGGCGAGAAAAAGAACACUGAAUCUUAGGAAGAAAGGACUUCUGAAGAAACUUGAUGAAAUCAAGACUCUCUGCGAUGUGGAUGCAUGUGCGGUCAUCUACAGUCCAUACAACUCAACACCAGAGGUGUGGCCAUCAAACUCGGAGGUGCAAAAGGUUAUGGAGAAGUUCGAAAACUUGCCAGAGGAGAAGCAGACAAAGAAAUCGUUUAACCACGAAGAGUUUCUCAAUCAGACAAUCACAAAAGUCCAAAAUCAGGUUAAAAAAUUAAUUGAAGGUAAUAAUGAUAAACUCAUGGAGGAGCUCAUGUUCUCUUGUCUUAAUGGGAACAUGGGAGAUUUGGCUAUAGACGAUAGUAAUCGUGGUAACUUGUGUGAGUUUAUUGAUGGACAUCUCAAGAAACUUUAUCAUCAUAAAAACGUAAUCCUAAAAAAUACGCAUCUUGAGACCGGUGAAUCUUCCUCAAUGGCUAUGGCCAUGGGCAUGCCACCAGUCGCUAUGGCUGAAGCGGGUUCUUCUUUCUUCAACUCUCCUCAACAAACCAAUGAGUCUCAGCCUCUAGUCACUUCAAACCAGGGACAAGAACAUAUUAGUUCUCAUGGAAACCAGUUUCUGAAUGUCCCAACCAAUUUUCCUCAACAACCCAAUGAAGUGCAGUGUGCAGUCUCUUCAAACCAGGGGCUGGAACAUGUUCCUUCACUUAAAAACAACUUUAUGUGUGCACCAAUCUUCAAUUCUCCUCUACUAACCAACGAGUCGCAACCUCUGGUUACUUCAAACCAUGGACCAGAACAUAUUUGUUCUCAUGGAAGCCAGUUUCCGAAUGUCCCAACUUUCAACUUUUCUCAACAAACCAACGAACUACGUCAUACAAUCUCUCCAAACCAGGGGCUGGAACAUGUUCAUUCUCUUGGAAACAACUUUAUGAAUGCACCAACCUUCAAUUCUCCUCAACUAACCAACGAGAUGCAGCAGCCCAUAAUCUUUUCGAACCAGGGAGCCAACCAUGUUGAUUCUCUUGCAAGUAAUCUCCUCCCAGUUAGCAACCAUGGAGUUAAUACUCAAGUUAUGAAUCAGGACGAAGUUUACUAUCCACUAAAUCAGCAAGAUUGGUACGUUAAGGAGAUGAUGGAACAAUCUGAGCCAACAUGCUUUCCUUGGAUGGAAGAAAAUCAUCAUUACAAUCACCGCCAGUUCUAAAGCAUCUUCGUCGAUCCGGUGGACGUAAUGCCAACAAUAUUCCUAUGUUAUCUUAUCCUUUUAGUUUUGUCAACUUUAAGUUUUCUAAGUUAUGUCUUAUCUAUCAUGUCUGAACUGUUAGUGCCAAAAUAUGAAUUCAGAUUAAAACUCUAGAGUCAUUCUAUGUUAUUUAUCUUGGGCAGCAAGUUGGCAAAACUAUGGGCAUUGUUUGCCUUUUUAUCUUGUUAUAUCAUCAUUAUGUGGUGGAGUUUCAAUUC